GAGAGAGCGAGAGAUCGAGGCAAAUGAGAAAUUCGCAGAGAUUUUGAGAGAAUCUGUGUUUUUCCAUUUUUACGGUCUUCCUUUCCUUAUAAAUUUGUGGGGGAAGUGGCGGUUUCUUCAUCGUUUCAAUUCUGCGUUCCAGCAUUCCCCUGUUCUUCCCCUGUUCUUCCCCCUUCCCUUCUCUUCUCCUCUGUUUUUCCCCCAUUUCCAUUGCAAUCUUCUUCUCUCCAUUAAAGGGUUUCACCCGGAGAGGGGUUUGAUUGAAGGGCUACUCCGUUUUUCACUGAUUAGGAUCAAAAUGGAAGGAAAGAAGCAUGUGGGUGCCGAGUCCGAGUCCGAGUCCUCUUCUUCUCGCACUACUGACCCGUUUGGUUCCAAACACAGCUCCUAUUCUUCCACCACUGGGAUUUUUGGCUCUAUAUUUGCUCCUUCUUCCAAGGUGUUAGGGAGAGACUCUCUGCUCUCUCAGGCCAAAGAGGGAGAGAGGCAUUCUGUGAAUGGGCCAUGGAUCCCCAACGCUGAAGCUCAAGAUGAUAGUGGUAGUCAUAGACAAAAGGAGAGACAGGAGAAGAAGGAUAAAGACAUGAGUGCCAUUUAUCAGGAACAAGGAGCUCAACCAUGUCAUCUUAGCUCAUCAAUCUAUUAUGGUGGCCAAGACGUUUAUGCUCAUCCUCAGAAUUCCCACUAUUCCGAGUUCAAGGAGGGGGGAGAAGAUGAUUCUGGGAGUGCUUCAAGAGGAAAUUGGUGGCAAGGGUCUCUCUAUUACUAGACCACCAAACUCCACAAGCUCUCCUUAGAAUUUCAAAGUUAAUAUGCAGGUACAUAGGAUCAUAGAGCUGAAGAACUACUUCUACUUCAACUCUUAUUGUAUGAAGGUAGACGCGAGCGAGAUCGUUGUGAGAAAAAGCUGGUUGUCGUUCUCCAGCCGAAACAACAGAAUCUCUUUUAAGUGAAUUAUUAAUAGUUAUAAGCAUCUUUCUCAAUUUUACUGUAAAGAAUGCUGCUACUGCUGGCUGCUUCUGUUUGUUGUUGUUGUUUAAACCUCCAUAAAGGAGAUCUGGGUUGCUGUUUGUUUGUUAGUAUCACAUUGGAAACUGAAUCGAAAUCUUGAAUAUACAUAUAUCUUUCUCAGAA